AUGGCUCAUGGUCAUCACCGUCACUCGCGCAUCGGCAAUCUAAUUAGCUCCAGGCGCCCCCGGGAAGCCGAGCGUGAUGAACAAAAUGUGGACUCUGAUUUACUUGAGGAUGGCUCUUUUCAAGCCCCCAUCCACCCCGCUACUGAUAUGCUUCCGGAUAAAAAUUGCCACUCGAAAAACUCUCUGUGUGAACAUGGUAUGAACCAAUCCGAUUCACUGCUCGAAAAGCGGGACGAGACGACCUCCGCCGAACCGACUGGUAUCGAGACUGUAUUGCAGAUAGUCGAUGCCAGCUCACAGACCCCCUUUCAGUCGAGUGCUACCGACUUUCCGAUGACGACAUCGGAUACUGCGUACGCCACUGACACUCUACCCAGCUCAAACGGCUUGACUGCGACUGCGACUGCGGCUGCGAGUGUCUCUAUAGAUGUAGGGCUAGUGACCUCGCCGACAGCGUUGCCACUACCGGAGACGUCACUUUCAAGCAGCUUCACGAACUCCACUCAAACUUCUUUGACCGCCUCCACAAACUCCAGUGAACUUCCGUCAGCAUCAAGAUCUCCGUCAGCUACAGUCAUCAAUUCGCCUGCAUGGACUUCGACUCGUCUCAUUGCGCAUUCUAGCUCUACACCCUCUGCUACGACAACAUCAUCCAAGGUGCACAAUUACGGGUCAUAUUCCAGUUCUACCUCUUGCUCUACCCCUAGCUCUAGUUCUAGUUCCAGCUCCUCGACGAGCUCGACCUCUAGCACAAACUAUGCUACCUCUUCAUCAGAUGUAUAUGGAGGCUCUGAGUCAACUAGCUCAGCAACUGGUGCCGGAACUGCGCCAACUACAAGUGAAACGCAAGCCUCGGGGCAGGGUUCGACAAGCAAUCCUAACACACCUAAAAUCGUGGGCGGUGUAGUAGGGUCAGUUGCCGGUGUCGCUCUCAUCAUUCUUCUUCUAUUUUACUACCUCCGCCGUCGAGGAUUCUUUAUGGGGAAAACGGGACCUCCAGCUAUGUUAGGUGACGCAACAGUAGGGGCUGGAGCAACGGCUGAGUCUAGAGAAAUUGCCGAACGCCGCGAAAGCAGCAAUCCCCUCUUCACAGCCUCAUACCUUGCCCCCGCAUUCAUGAAGCGCUGGCGCCAGUCAACGGCAACAACCCGCUCUGGAAGCACCACCGAGUCUGCCCCCAGCGAACGUGGGUUCCAAAAAAUCUCUGGCAGAAAGCUUCCUCCCGUCUUUACUCACGGUGGAGACGGAUAUGGCGGCGGACUGGAUGGUGAUUCUCCCACCGUACUAGGUUUCCCUGCCACCUCCCCAGCAACCGCACCAAUUGGGUCACCCUCCUUCUAUGCUCCGCCCCCUGCCUCGCAAUUUGGAAGUCCCCUGGACUCAAACUUCACUCGUGAGGUUGAGGAGCCAACCCCACCGACACGGCCUAACCUCGCCCACCUCCCUAUCUCCAGCUCGGUCAACGUUGCCACUCCUAUCACUGUCACACCGGCCCACCCCGUUGCGCAACCCCAAAGUGCAGUGCCCUUUACACCGCCGCGGCCGGAUGGGCUUGGCCGCAGUUUACAUAGUUUCGACGGGAGUCGAAGCAGCCGAUUCACUGAGGUAAUUGAUCAGUGA